CCAUGACAUCAGGAUACGAAAGAAUCGCAAAUUAUACAGUAGUCAACAGAAUAGGCUCAGGCCGAUUCGGAGAAGUAUUCCUAGUCAGGCACAAGCAUACAGGCCAACUAUUUUGCUGGAAAGUAGUGGCAUACAAGGGCCUAAGCGAUAAGGAAAAGCAGCAGUUGGUGAUGGAAGUCAAUGUGAUAAGAGAAUUGAACCACCCGAACAUAGUCAGAUAUAUCGACAGAAUGAUAGAUAAAAGAAGACAAUUGUUGUAUAUUUUAAUGGAAUACUGCGAUGCGGGAGAUUUGGGCGAAAAUAUGAGACAAUUUUACAAACAUUACAAACUGGUGAACGAACAAGUGAUAUUCGACAUAGCACUUCAGCUGAUAUUCGCACUAGCAUACUGCCAUAACUGUAAAUCAGGAACUAAAACUGGGAAAGUGUUACACCGGGACUUGAAACCUCAGAACAUAUUACUUUCAACAAAACAUAAUAAGGAUGGAAACAAAAGUUAUGUUUGUAAAAUAGGAGACUUUGGACUGUGUAGACAAAUAGGCAUGAGCUCAUUUGCAAACUCGUGUGUAGGCACACCUUAUUAUUGGUGCCCUGAGCUGUUGCUAUCGAACACAAAGAGCUAUGAUGACAAAAUGGAUAUUUGGGCUCUUGGAUGUGUUCUUUACGAACUUUCCUCAGGCAAGACUCCUUUUCAUUAUACUACGACGCUACCGGAACUGACUCAAGAGAUGAAGCAAGGAGUUCCUCUUCCACUGGAAUUUAGAAGUAACAAGCUCAACUCACUCUUAUCGUUCCUACUCCAGAAAGACCCUAAUAAGAGAGCAAGUGCACUCCAACUCCUAGGGUACAGCUUUUGGGCUGAACCGCCAAUAGAUUUGUUCAUUACAACGCUAACCAAAGCAGAUUAUGAAAACUUUAUGAAGUACAAAGCAUCGCAAGAAAACAAGGCACAGGAAGAAAGUGAUAGUAAACUUACAAAAGAUUGGUACACACUACUAGUGAGAGCAGGAAGACAAGGAAGGAGAAAUUACGAUAAAGAAAGCAGGCUAAGAAAUGAUAAAUCAAUAAAAAGUUUGGUAAAUUUAUCAAAUUUUCAUGAUGUGUAUGGAACACAGGAUCAGGAAUCGAGACCUAAGUUUACAACAAAACCAUAUAGUUUCAAAAACAAUAUCAAUAUUUUAGAAUAUGUAAAGAAAUUUCAAGACUCACUAGAACACUCAAAAACUGACCCGGAAUGCUCUAGACUUAGAAAUACAGUCAGUACACCCAUGAAAAGAAAUCAAACAGCCGUUACACAGGAGCCAUCAAGCAUAGAAACGAGGCUUUCCAAGAUUGAUAGCGAUAUUUCAAACGAUAGCACAGCCACCAAGAUUCCUAAAUAUGAAUCUUAUCGUAAUAGUGAAAAUAAAAAUAGGAAUCCGAACGAAUUGAUUUUCAAAAUUAAUCGGCUUUUAUGACACCCUACUGAUGUCACUAUCAUUUUAAUAAAUAUAUUUUAAAUAUAUUCCUUUUUUUA